AUGGCGAAAAAGGAAGAAAACAAAAUCGGAUUGAUUGGAGCUACAGCUUAUAUAGUCGGCUCUAUUAUUGGAAGUGGAAUAUUCAUUGCUCCGAAGGGAAUUGUCGAACAUGCCGGAUCUGUUGGCCUCUCACUCAUUAUUUGGGUCCUUUGUGCAUUACUUAACAUGAUCACUGCAAUUAAUUAUAUUGAACUUGGUACGAGUAUUCCGGAAAGUGGCGCUGAUUUGGCGUAUAUUGAUUAUAUGGGAUGGACUCCGAUUGCCUUCUCAUUUUUAUGGCUUUCCAUUUUAAUACAAAGCUCUUCAUCUGCGGCCGUUUUAUAUUUAACAUUUGGAGAUUAUAUAGUCCAAGCCCUCGAUCCAAUUGUCUGUUUCGACUCAUCUCAACGGGACUAUGCUGCAAAGUUAUUCGGCUUCGUACUCUUAUUGGUUCUCACGCUGACCAAUAUGUUCUCAUUGAACAAAUUCGCCGCGAAAGUGCAAAUCAUUUCGAUGAUGUCGAAAAUUGUCGCCACCACAUGCAUUAUUGGAAUCGGCGCGUUUUUUAUGAUUUUUCGCGACAGGACCGCGCAUUAUCAAAAAGAUGAGAUAAUGAAAGGAAGCGAUUACAAUCCGGGCGCGAUUGUGUUGGCGAUUUAUCAAGGAAACUGGGCGUUUGGAGGAUACACAACACUUAAUUAUGGGACUGAAGAGAUUCAAAUCAAAAAUUUUAGAAAGACUCUCCCAAGAGCUGUUUUAGGCGGUUUGUGCAUUUCAGCUUUGAUCUACAUUCUUGUGAACGUUGCAUAUUUUGCCAUUCUAACUCCCGAUCAAAUUAUAGCAUCCUCGGCUGUGGCAACAACAUUUAUCCAAAAAACUCUUGGCGAUGAUGCGGCAUUAGUAGUCCCCGCCGUUGUAGGAUUUCUACUAAUCGGAACUCUAAAUGGCGAUGUUUUUGGUUGGAGUAGAUAUAUGGUGGCUGGAUCUAGAAGAAACAUGAUGCCAACAUGCUUCAGCUUGAUUCACGUUGACAACGAUAGUCCGAGAGUUUCAGUGUUUUUCCAUACAUUCACCGCAAUUAUUUUUGCAUUUCUUGGUAACACUGAUCAAUUAGUCGAUUAUCUAACAGUUACGGGUAUAAUGUCGACAAUAUUCUCAUUGUUCGCUUUAAUUCUCAUAAAAUGGAUGGAUUGGGAAAUCGCGCCGAAUCCAGUCAAAUUUCAUAUGUUCUGGCCUAUGUUAAACGUCGUGAUCAACAUUGCUCUACUUAUAAUUCCAAUUCAACAAGAUCCGCUGACCUCAAUUAUCGGCUUCGGAAUGUUCGCUUUAGGAAUACUUGUUUAUUUUUUUGUUAAAAUUGUUUCAAGUCGAGUUAGCAUAUUGCAUUACAUUGAUGAAAAAUUGACGAUCAUGUGCCAAAUCCUAACAUGGACAAUAGUCGACAACGGACCCCUCGUCGAUGAGCCAAAGACAAUAACGACAAAGUUGUGA